AUGGACGUUGAUGCUGCUGUUUGUAUUCAUAACUUGCUUUUUAUAAGUGUCUUAGCUGAAAAUGUUGGGUCAGUUCACAAUGCACAUGUUUUUCGGCUUUCUCCUGUCUACCAAUAUAUUCAAAGUCCACAAAUAUAUUUUCCUAAUAAUUCUCAUAUUAUUGGAGAUUCUGCCUAUAGUAUCCAUCCCCAUAUUAUGGUACCUUUUAAAGAUAACGGACAGUUGACGGAUAGACAAAAAAAUUUUAAAUUUUGCUUAUCUUCUGCGAGAAUGGCAAUUGAGAGAACAUUUGGCUUAUGGAAAGGACGAUGGAGAAGCAUUUUGGAUUGCCUAUCUAUGGUUACUCUAGAAAAAAUUCCCGAAAAUUUAAUAGUUACUUGUGUACUGCACAAUAUUUGUAUAUUAAAAGGCGAUUUGAUAGACUUUGAUGAAAUAUGUGAACAAGGUAGACAUGCACGUGGAACAUUGAUACCUUGUAGAAUGGAAGAUGGUAAUGCUAAACGGCAAACAAUUAUGAACAAUCUAAUUAUGAGAAACAAUUAA